AUGAAGCUCGCACCAACGACCACUGCGGCUGACCUCGUGGGAUACUUCGCCAAAUUCGGCCCUAUUACCAAGGCUGUGGUAAUAACUGACAAGGUCACCGGCGAGUCCCGUGGGUUCGGCUUCGUCACCUUCGCAGACACGGAGGCGUUUGAGGGUGACCUUCUGAAAGUCUGUCACUUUCUGAAUGGCCGUAAAGUCAGCGUGAAGCCGGCGAACCUUCACACCCGAUCCCGUGUUAUCCGAUUUUGA